CCAGGCCCUCCGAUUUCUUCUAUUGUUUUGCGGAAAUGAAGGCUUAAGGACAAGUUAUCUACCAGAUUGGAAGAUGGGAUCGAACAGCAGCAGAAUCGGUGAUCUUCCUAAAAAUGAGUACUUAAAAAAGUUAUCGGGCACGGAAUCCAUCUCUGAGAAUGACCCGUUCUGGAAUCAGCUCCUCUCGUUUUCUUUCCCUGCACCAACCAGCAGCACCGAGCUGAAGCUCUUGGAGGAAGCAACUGUUUCAGUCUGCAGGUCUUUAGUUGUAAACAAUCCUCGAACAGGAAACCUUGGUGCGCUAAUUAAGGUCUUCCUUUCUAGAACCAAAGAACUAAAACUUUCGGCAGAAUGUCAGAACCACAUCUUCAUUUGGCAGACACACAACGCUUUGUUUAAUUGCUGUCUGCUGAAAGUGUUCAUCUGUGAGAUGUCAGAGGAGGAAUUGCAACUUCAUUUCACGUACGAAGAAAAAUCUCCUGGCACUUACAGUUCUGACUCUGAAGAUCUUUUGGAAGAAUUGCUCUGUUGUUUGAUGCAGUUAAUCACUGAUAUUCCGCUCUUAGAUAUUACAUAUGAAAUCUCAGUAGAAGCUGUAUCGACAAUGGUGGUUUUCCUUUCUUGCCAACUCUUCCACAAGGAGGUUUUGCGACAGAGCAUCAGUCACAAGUAUUUGAUGCGAGGUCGAUGUCUUCCAUACACCAGCAAACUUGUGAAAACCCUAUUGUAUAACUUUAUCAGACAAGAGAAGCCGCCCCCUCCAGGAGCACACGUUCUCCCACAGCAGUCCGAUGGGGGCGGACUGCUGUAUGGACUGGCAUCCGGAGUAGCAACUGGCCUCUGGACGGUCUUCACACUGGGCGGCGUGGGCAGCAAAGCAGCUGCCACUCCAGAACUUUCUUCUCCUCUGGCCAACCAGAGUCUCUUGCUUCUGCUGGUGCUGGCCAACCUGACCGACGCUGCAGAUACGCCAAACCCCUACAGACAGGCCAUUAUGUCCUUUAAGAAUACGCAAGAUAGCAGUCCUUUCCCCUCAUCAAUUCCACACGCUUUCCAGAUUAACUUCAACAGUUUGUACACAGCUCUGUGUGAACAGCAGACGUCCGACCAAGCAACUCUCCUCUUGUACACAUUGCUGCAUCAGAAUAGUAACGUUAGAACAUACAUGUUGGCUCGCACAGACAUGGAAAAUCUUGUUUUACCAAUUCUUGAGAUUCUGUAUCACGUUGAAGAAAGAAAUUCACACCAUGUGUACAUGGCCCUUAUAAUAUUACUGAUCCUUACAGAAGAUGAUGGCUUUAAUAGAUCCAUUCACGAAGUGAUAUUAAAAAAUAUCACUUGGUAUUCAGAACGGGUUUUAACUGAAAUUUCACUGGGGAGUCUCCUGAUACUGGUCGUAAUAAGAACCAUCCAGUACAACAUGACAAGGACAAGAGACAAGUACCUUCACACCAACUGUCUGGCCGCCUUGGCAAACAUGUCGGCACAGUUUCGUUCCCUCCACCAGUACGCUGCCCAGAGGAUCAUCAGUUUGUUUUCCUUGCUGUCUAAAAAACACAACAAAGUUCUGGAACAAGCCACACAGUCCUUGAGAGGUUCACUGAGUUCCAAUGAUGUUCCUCUACCAGAUUACGCACAAGACCUAAAUGUCAUCGAAGAAGUGAUUCGAAUGAUGUUAGAGAUCAUCAAUUCCUGCCUGACAAAUUCUCUUCACCACAAUCCAAACUUGGUGUAUGCACUGCUUUACAAGCGAGAUCUCUUUGAACAGUUUCGAACUCAUCCUUCAUUUCAGGAUAUAAUGCAAAAUAUCGAUCUGGUGAUCACCUUCUUCAGCUCAAGGUUGCUGCAAGCGGGAGCUGAGCUCUCCGUGGAACGGGUCCUGGAAAUCAUCAAGCAGGGGGCCGUCGCACUGCCCAAAGACAGGCUGAAGAAAUUUCCAGAACUGAAAUUCAAGUAUGUGGAAGAGGAGCAGCCCGAGGAGUUUUUUAUCCCCUAUGUCUGGUCUCUGGUCUACAACUCAGCGGUAGGCCUCUAUUGGAACCCACAGGACAUCCAGCUCUUCACAAUGGACUCUGACUGAGGGCAGGACACCAUCUCCCACCCUCGCCUCCCUCCAGUCAAGCAGCCCUUCUAACUAUUUUCUUUCUGGGGAACGGAAGUAGACAGAUUGCCCAGUGUAUCUUCCGUCAGAGAGGAUCACCCGAGCAUGUUUCCCUUUCACACUUGGAUUUGGAGAAUUGGUGCCCAGUUGGCAAUAGAUCGCUCAGCUUAGAUUGUAGUGCAAAAAAAUGGGGAGGGGGGUACCCGACAAUAAUAAAUGCAAAAACCUGCUAUUCCACACGCAAUUUUAUUUCUAAACCAAAAAUUUAGAGCUUUUCCAGGAACCUGAUGCCUUAGGCAUAUAACACUUCACCAGUAUAUACUGUGGGUUUUCUGUUUCGGGUUGUUUUUUUUUUUUUCGCAUGUUCAAGAUUUUUGUUUUGGGGUGUGUGUGUUUGUGUGGGUGUGCGCACGUGCGUGCUUCUUUCAACAUUAAGAAAUACCUGAAAAGAUGACAAGAUGGGAAUUAAUGAGGACAUGAAGUCACAUGUGUGAGGGGUUGCCUUUCAGAGGGCCCAUGAUUUAAUAAACACUAUGGCCGGGCAGUUGGAUAGAAGCCUUUAGAUCAGAUCCCCUGCAUCUUUCUCAAAGAAAGAAAUGGCUCCUUCUCAUGAAGUUCAGGUUAGCUUUUCUGUGGAUUUGGCCUCUGAGCUGUAGCUGAAUUAAAUUGGAGUCUAGCACAAAUUAAGUUAAUCUACUCUGUAUUAAUCAUUGGGAAAAGAAAAGUUUCAUUUUGAAAGCAAUCUUUUUUCUUCGACCAGACUAAUAGGAGAAAAGGAGACCAAUUUGAUUAAUACAGUACUCUACGUGAGAUGAAAAACAUGUUUUUCUCU